AUGCCGGAUAGCUCUUCCAGCUUCCCUCUAGCUCCCCUCGCCCUCCCCGAUCGGGAACCCGCGCGCUUCUUGCCCGUGCUCUUCGUCUGCACCAUUAUCUUCACCUUGUGGGCGAUAUACAACUUUGUAAAUUCUGCUCCUGAGCUCCUAUGGGCGCAAAGAGGUUGGAUAGAGUUGAUCAUAUUCAACUCUCUUUUUGCUAUGCUACUCGUCUGCUAUACUCUCUGUGUGGUCACUAACCCAGGAGAGGUAAGGAAACGGUCGUGCUUGAUUUUUAGAGAGAAAAAAAAACUCCCACCGUGGGAAGAUCAUGCUCAAGAAAAGAAGCGAAGUGGAGCGAGGAGACACUGUAAAUGGUGUGGAAAGUUCAAACCCGACAGAUGUCAUCACUGCCGCGUUUGCAAGAGAUGUGUACUGAAAAUGGACCACCACUGUCCAUGGAUAUACAACUGUGUUGGUUUCCGCAACCACAAGUAUUUCUUCCUCCUGCUCCUCUAUGCAACACUAGCGGCUCACUUUAUGUGGAUUACUAUGUUUGAAUCGGUAGUAGAAGAGGAGGAGCCGUUGGGACGGGUCUUCCUCCUUGUAUUCGGCAUGGUCCUCUCCUCUCUAUUCGGGCUAUUACUAACAGCAUUCUUCGCCUUCCACAUAUGGUUAGCAUUCAAGGCGAUGACCACUAUAGAGUACUGCGAGAAGUCUACUAAGAAGCUUGGUUUCAGUGGGGUGGGUCAGCGGAUCGUUCAGCUGCGUCCUGCGAUGCUCGUUGACAGUCUACUUACCAUCGCUCGUGGUGAAGCUGUAGAUUUGCGAGUGAAGAAUGAAGCCCAUGCGAGGGAGAGGGCUCGGCUGUAUGACGAGGUGAAUGCUCUUAAGAAGAAAAUUAUCAAAGAUCAACAGGACCACCUGGCCGAACGCGACCGGAUGUCGGCGACGUUUAAUCAGAGGAUCGAGGAGAUCACUAGGGAAUUCGCGGAUGGUGUUGCGAUGAAGGCCGAGGAGAGGCGACGAAGCGGAGGAGGUGCGACAAGUGAGAAACUCAGACUGCGAGUUGAGGAGCUUACCUUUGAACGA